GCCGCGGAUUUGACUUGACGCAGCCGUUUAGCAGCUAACUUUAGCAUUAAUAUAGGGACAAUCUGACUAAUUUUUUUUGGAAAUAAUGACAAACUGUUUGUAGACUGGAAAAUAACCAUGAAUCUAGACAGACUACGAAAGCGAGUGCGGCAUUAUAUUGACCAGCAGCAGUAUCAGAGUGCUCUGUUCUGGGCCGACAAGAUAGCCUCCCUCUCCCACGAGGAUCCCCAAGACAUCUACUGGCUAGCUCAGUGCCUUUACCUGACGUCUCAGUACCACAGAGCCUCCCAUGCCCUGCGCUCACGGAAACUUGACAAGUUGUAUGGAGCUUGUCAAUAUCUUGCUGCAAGGUGCCAUUAUGCUGCCAAAGAGUUCCAGCAAGCCUUGGAUAUCCUGGACAUGGAGGAGCCAGCCAGUAAGAAGCUGCUGGACAGGGGUGGGAAGGAGGACAAUGGAAUACCAUCAGACUCAACCAAGGACUGGGAUAUGUCCCCUGCCUCUAUCAGCAGCUCCAUCUGCCUCCUGCGGGGUAAAAUCUAUGACGCCAUGGACAACCGGCCACUGGCCACCUCCAGCUACAAAGAGGCCUUGAAACUAGAUGUGUAUUGCUUUGAAGCCUUUGAGCUUUUAACGUCCCACCACAUGCUGACUGCACAGGAAGAAAAAGACUUCCUCGACUCUCUUCCACUUAGUCAACAAUGUACUCAGGAAGAGCAGCAGUUACUGCACUUCCUGUUUGAAAAUAAACUAAAGAAGUAUAACAAGCCCAGUGACUUGGUGGUGCCAGAGAUGGUCAAUGGUCUCCAGGAUAACUUGGAUGUAGUGGUCUCUCUCGCUGAGAGACAUUAUUACAACUGUGACUUCAAGAUGUGCUACAAACUCACAUCUAUGGUGAUGGUAAAAGAUCCAUUCCACGCCAACUGUUUACCUGUACACAUAGGAACCUUGGUGGAGCUGAGUAAAGCAAAUGAGCUCUUUUACCUCUCACACAAGCUUGUGGACUUGUAUCCUAACAACCCAGUGUCAUGGUUUGCAGUUGGAUGUUACUAUCUGAUGGUUGGCCACAAAAACGAACAUGCACGGCGAUACCUCAGCAAAGCUACCACUCUGGAGAGGACGUACGGCCCAGCAUGGAUUGCGUACGGUCAUUCGUUUGCUGUAGAGAGUGAACACGACCAAGCCAUGGCUGCCUACUUCACUGCCGCACAGCUGAUGAAAGGGUGUCACUUGCCCAUGCUGUACAUCGGCCUGGAGUAUGGUCUCACUAACAACUCCAAACUCGCAGAACGCUUCUUCAGCCAGGCUCUCAGCAUUGCUCCUGAGGACCCCUUUGUCAUGCAUGAGGUCGCUGUUAUUGCAUUUCAAAAUGGAGACUUGGAGACAGCAGAGAAGUUGUUUCUUGAUGCAUUGGACAAGAUUAAAGCCAUAGGAAAUGAGGUUACAGUGGACAAAUGGGAGCCUUUGUUAAACAACUUGGGUCAUGUUUGUCGGAAACUAAAGAAAUAUGACCAGGCUCUGGAGUAUCACCGUCAGGCACUGGUGUUGAUCCCCCAGCAUGCCUCCACCUACGCCUCCAUAGGAUACAUCCACAGCCUCAUGGGUGACUUUGAGAGUGCUAUUGACUACUUUCACACGGCACUUGGACUGAAAAGGGAUGACACAUUUUCUGUGACAAUGCUAGGCCACUGUAUUGAAAUGUACAUUGGGGACACAGAUGCCUACAUAGGCACAGAUAUCAAAGACAAGGUUCGAGGGAGCCUGAACACACCAGCGCUGAUUAAGAUGCUCAACACGUCCUCAGAACCUGGCGACGCCCUAGCCACACCGCUUCUAGAAGACAGCAACCUCAUGUCUCUGGAGACGCCAGUGUCCAAUCAGGACAAACCACCACUCGAGACGCCUCUGCGGCGCGCCUUAACAUUGGAGUGUGACAUGUAUGAAAGUGACAUGAUGCUUGAGACCUCCAUGUCAGAUACCAGUGAAAAAAAGGGUUUGUCACCGAGUUGGAACACCAGAGAAGGAGAUACGUGCGCCUGGCUGAGAUCUGCACUCACCUAGUUAUCCAUGUUUGCAGGGAGGAGGUAAUAUGUGCUGGAUGAAGGGUUAUGGGCUUGGUUUAGUGCAGAACACGAGGGGACGUCUUCAUCUGACACUUGGACUGAACAGGACAAACGCAGCACCGUUUAAAGUCACCAACUACCCAAAGCUGUAACUUUUGUGUUACCUACCUGUGGAUUUUUACCAGGAAUAAACCCAACCGGUUGAAUGCAAAAAGUUUCAGUGAAAAAAUAUUAAUCAUUUCUACAAUA